AUGGCUCCAAACACGGACAUCGCAACGAGGAGUCUCGUCAUUGGAUUCAAAUGCGCUGGCAAGUCCUCUUCGGAGACUGCUGCGACCCUUGGUAUUUCAGUGCGCCAAGUGAACCGAAUUUACGCCAGGGCCAUCGAGCACGGAUUCGAUCCAAACCAGCGGCCGUUGAAGAUCAGGGAUGACUUCCUUCGCGAUGCCCCUCGAUCUGGACGACCGACGAAGCAGACGGCCGAAGCGCAGGAAAAGGUUCUCUCAAAGGCAACGUUAACGCAGAUGCGCUCGGGUGGAGAAGUAUGUGCCAUUGUUGCCGCCGAGCUUUGCAACGAGGGCAUACCAAUAUCUGCCUCUACCGUACGGCAUAUCCUCAGAAAAGCCGGGUUCCAGAGGACGAAGCAAGUGAACUCGGAAGUCCAAUCUGAUGCCGAAGAUAAUGUUGGAUCGGAUCUGGGACUGCCUUGA